CAAAGCAUUACAGUUUAUGGAUAAAAAAGAUCUUGAGUGUGCCAUCUGCCUCAACAGGUUUCAACAACCAAAGACACUGAAAUGCAUGCACACCUAUUGUCUACAUUGUAUCCAGAAAUGGGUGGAAACUCAUGGAAAGAUGAAAUGUCCAACAUGUAAACAAGAACAUGAUUUAACAAAAGAAGAUCUAAAUAAGCUGGCUUCCAAUGCAAUGAUAAGUCAACUACUAGAGUAUGUCAUGAAAACAGAGGAUCAAAAACCACUUAAAUGCUCUUUCUGUGACAACCAACCAGCAUACCAUUGCUCAACAUGUCAACUGUAUCUAUGUGGAACUCAAUGUGUCAAACAACACAAGGCACUACCUUCAACUAAGGAUCAUCCACUUUACACACUAGACAUAAAGGAACCAGAUGGCCAACCAACCAAUUGCCAAGUUCACUGCAACACCCCACUGGAAUUUUACUGCUCCAAUUGCAACAAAUCAGCAUGCAAGCGUUGUGAACACAUCCUUCGUUGUUAUCAAAAACAACAUGAAGUGAUUCCAAUGUCAACUGCCAUAGAAGAAUUUAACAAAAAUGCCACUGAACUUGUCAAAUUAGCACAGGAAAUUGAAAAUAAAUUAACAGAAAAACUAGAAUUCAUUGAUAAAAAUAAGUCAUUAUGUAAAUUACAACUAAAGUUAAGUAGAACAGCCAUAGAAAUUCAAGAAAAUAAACUUAUUAAGAAAGUUAAAGAAAAAAGUAAGAAAUUAACUUUGAUACUGGAAAAAAUACAUAAAGAAAAAGAAGAUGCAUUUGAUAGUACAUUUAAAGAUACUGAUUCAAAGAGAACUCAAUUGAAUAAUCUAAUGGCCACAGUUAAUAAAAUGAUGAACAAACCAGAAGAACGAGAAUCACUUGGAUCCCAUACGACAACUAUCAACACAGUCAGAGACAAGGUCCUAGCAACUGAUUUUGAUAAAUCAUUUGAUAAAAUAAAUAUGACACCAAAAUUCAUUCCAUGUUCACACUUGGAUGAGUUGAUGAAUACAGAGGGCAUCGGUAAAAUCACAACUGCUGAUAGCAUGCUGUACGAGGUUGAUGAUAAUGAUAAAGAAAUUACAGUCACAAAAGGACAAUCAUUUGUAGUGAAAGUAUCCAGUCUAUCAGAGAGUGAUGUAUGCCAAAUUGCUGCAACAUUAAUAAACUCAUCAGGUGAAAAAUUACCAACUGAGGUAGAAUAUGAUGAAAAUGGACAGUACAAAAUAACAGGUAGAUGCAGUGUGGAAGGUGAUUGGAAAAUGAAGAUAACUGCUAGAGAUGAGCACAUCAAAGGAUCUCCAGUGAAUAUCAAGGUGGAAAAACUGGGACUUGUUCAUACCACUGAUAGCAUAUCUGAUUAUAAAGAACAUGACAAGGAACUUAAAGUGACAGAUGUAGUGUUAGCCAGAGAUGGAUGCAUAUUAGUAUCAAGCCGUAGCAAAUAUAUAUUGAAGUUCAACCAAUCAGGUUCAUUUGUUGCUAGGAUACAGGUGCCACAAAAUGUGAAGGUCAAUAGAAUGCAUCUAAUGAGUGAUGGUAACAUGAUAUAUAGUGAUGCCAUAGCAGAAUGUGUAGUAUUGUGUGAUGAAAAAUUGCAAGAAGUCCGUUCAUUUGGUAAAGGCACGUUGAAAUCACCAUUUGGCUUGACAUUAAACAAGGAAACUAGAGCUUUGUAUGUAGCAGACAUUAGUGCUCACUUUGUGUAUAAAUUCAAUGUCGAUGAUGGCAGGCUACUGGGUAAGAUAGGUUCAGCAGGUAGUGGAGUAGGUCAAAUGAAGCAACCAAGAGAUGUCACUUUAACUAAGGAAGGUCAUGUGAUUGUUGCUGACAUUGGAAAUGACAGAAUACAAAUGUUUGAUGCAAAUGAUAAGUUUAUGAGAAUACUUGUAGGCACUGGUGAGAAAGAUGGCAAAGUUUGGGGUCCCUGUGGUGUAACCAUGGAUAUGGAUGAAAAUAUAAUAGUUUCAAGUAAUCAUAAAUUACAAUUAUUUGAUAAAAAUGGUGUAUUCAUAACACGAAUAGAUCAUAAAAAUGAUGGAUUACAAUGUCCACUAGGAAUCACAGUAAUCCCCAACAGACCAAGAAGAGUAGCAGUAGCCAAUCACAGACCAAAUAAUAUGACAAAUUUUCAUUUUUGUACACGAAUCAAUGAUCACAAAACAGAUGUCACAAUAAACACAUUGGGAGUAUUGACCAGGGCUGCCAGAUCUACCACUUCAGCAAUAUUACAAAAACCAGCUAACACAGACCAUGCCAUACAACACAAUCUAAUGCCAAACUGGGAGGCUACCACUGGCAAAACAACCCCAAAUGAAAAGACCGGCAGAUCACAGAGUCUUUUUAUAAGGUGUAACAAAGACAAAGUCAUGAACAGGAUAAAGGAGCACACGAAAUCUCAACUAUACAACCAUCUUAUCGAACCAACACACGGCCUGGAUCAGCUGCACAACCUUAGAUCAACAUCUGGAGGAUGUGUACGAUGUCGUCAACAAGUGAAGUCAUGA